UGUUCGUUAAUAGCUGUGAUGGAAAAAAUGGACAUGAUAUCAACUAAACAAGACAUUUUUAUGUGCUCCAUUUGUUUGGAUCUACUUAAGGAUCCAGUGAGUCUUCACUGUGGACACAAUUACUGUUUGGGAUGCAUCAACGGCUCCUGGGAUCUGGAAGAUCCAAAGGGAGUCUACAGCUGUCCCCAGUGUAGACAGACUUUCAAUACGAGACCAGUUCUGAACACAAAUAAUGUUAUUGCUGAACUUGUGGAAGAAAUGAGGAGGUCUAGACCGUCAACUCAGUCUGGGGAUCCUGCUGACGCUGACCAUGGAGAUGUGGAGUGUGAUAUCUGCUCUGUGAGAAAACUCAAGGCCGUGAAGUUCUGUCUGGAUUGUGUGCUAUCAUAUUGUGAAACUCACUUUAAAGCUCACAACGAGCUUAACACGCGCAGAAGUCACACAGUAAUGGACGCCACUGAUCAGCUACAUGAAAGGAUUUGCUCUCGUCAUAACAGGCCUCUUGAAAUCUUUUGUCAUACUGAUCAGAGUUGCAUCUGUUAUUUUUGUCUGUUGGAGGAGCAUGAAUACCAUGACACUGCAUCUGCUGCAACAGAGUGGAGCAAUGAAAAGAAAGAAUUUGGUGAGAUCCAGUUGAAAUUCCAGGAGAAAAUCCAGAAGAGAGCGAAGGAGGUUCGGGACCUGAGGAGAGCAGUUGAGACCCUGAAAAGCUCAGCACAGUCUGCAGUGGAACACAGUGACCAGAUGUUUGAUGACAUAAUUCGCUCUGUUGAGAGAAGGCGCUCUGAGGUGACAGAGCUGAUCAGAGCUCAGGAGAAGGCUGAGGUGAGUCGGGCUGAGGGACUUCUUCAACAAAUGGAGAAGGAGAUCUCUGAGCUGAAGAAGAGAGUUGCUGAGAUGGAGCAGCUUUCACACACAGAUGAUCCCAUAUAUUUCCUCAAGAAUGCAGGGUCCAUCUGUGAUAUUCCUGAGAGUACAAUUCCAGCCAACAUGGUCCUCAGCCACCCUUACCUCUCCUUUGAGCCGGUGAAAACACCGGUCUCUGAACUGAAGAUGCAGCUGAAGGAGAAAAUGGAUUCAUUAUUUGAACAUCAAGAAGCCAAAAUAUCUGCAGCAGUGUCUGAAGUACAGGCUGUUGUUACCGAACCAGUGAUCAGGGAGGACUUCUUGCAGUAUAACGGUUACUUCACACUGGAUCCAAACACCGCAAACAGAUACCUCCAUCUGUCUGAGGGGAACAGGAGGGUGGAGAGGAGAGAUGAGGCCCCCCAGUCAUAUUCAGAUCAUCCAGAGAGAUUCGACAGGUGGCACCAGGUGUUGUGUAGAGAGGGUGUGUCUGGACGCUGCUACUGGGAAGUUGAGCGGAGUGCUGAGGAGUGGGUUAAUGUAUCAGUAUCGUAUAAAACCAUAAGCAGGAAAGGAGCCCAAGGUGAUUGCUGUUUUGGAGAAAAUAAUCAGUCCUGGAGACUAGCUCUCAAGUCCAGAGAGACAUGGGUCGUCUUCAAUAAAAAAGGCACUAAACUCCCUCUAGUGGCCAGCUCCAGAAUAGGAGUGUAUGUGGACCACAGGGCAGGGACUCUGGCCUUCUACAGCAUCUUUGGCACUACAAUGACACUUCUGCACAAAGUCCAAACCACAUUCUCUCACACACUCUACCCUGGGUUUAGGUUAGGAAUCAGAUCAUCAUUGAAGCUCUUGUGACUCACAUGCAUAUAGCACAUCUGGACUCUGGAUCCAUGUGUGUUGUUAUAUGCAGGUGACAUCUGCAGAUUAUAUGCAGGUGACAUAGCAACAUUUUGAUCAUGAUACAUUUUUUUUCUUGUAUGGAAAACUUGGAUUUGCAUCAUUCAUAGAUAUAUUACAUGUUUACAAUGGUCUUUAAUUGACAACUUAAUUGAAUUCACGCGCACACACACACACACACAGACGCGCACACACACACACACACACACACACACA